AAGUAUCCUGUUAAGAUGUAGCCACCAGUGUCGUUCAUAAGUAUAUCAGGAUGCGUUCUGUUGGGUAAUACUUGAUACGAACGUAAAAAGUUCGUAAAUAAUCUCAUAUUUAUUGCAUUGCGUUUCUGUUUAAGUUCCAUGAAAGUCUCUUGCAAGGGCUCCCGAUAUGCGUGAUAGAUGACGAAAGGUCGCGAGGCUCCUAGGAAAGGUAACAGUGCAUUCACAAUAUUUAAAGGAUGUUCCUUCGCUAUGAUGGUCAAACCACGAGCUUUUGUGUUCUUUAACAAAUCCAAGGCACGUUGAGUCUCCAAGAACCACUUUGGCUUCUUUACAGGAACUGCUUCUGUAGAUUCCUCAGAUUCAUCCAGUUUCCGUUUCAAAGCACCAGCAUCCUUUUUAGUAUCACAAAGAGACAGCGUGCCAUUCUCUCCCGGGUCAGUUUCAAGCUCUGAAAUUUCAGUAUCCAUUCUAGACACCUCGUUACUCUUGGCUUCUCCAUUCAAUUUCUCUAUAGGUUCUUCAACAUCUCCUUCAAUGACUCGAUCAGCAACUUUCUUCAAGGAAAUAUUGUCCAGCACACUCGACUCGCCCUGAUAGUAUAACCUGAGGAAACUAUAAAUGUUCACCGCAAUGUGCCUGUCUCUCAACUCCUGCGGGAAGUUCAUGGCCUGAAGAAUCGCGAUUUGCGGCACGUUGCCGGGAUGCAGGUUGAUCAGAUAACCAUCUGUGUUCUCUCCUAUCCUAUUCAACAUAGCCGCAGCUGGUAAUCCCUGACAACCACUAUCGUAGAGUAGAUGAAGACCGUCAGCCUGCACGUCGCUGUAGCAAAGUAUCUGCGCCAGAGCCUCCAUCCUCAGACCACUGAUCUUUUCAGGGUACUGCCUGAAAUACAUCUCGUGUAGGGAUACAAUAGUCGGUCUGCAUACCGUGAGGAACCUCAUAUACUUGAGCUCCUUCUUCUUGAUGUACUUCUCCUGGGAGUAUUCGGUCUUGGCGGCGAAGGACGCGCUGUUCUCGAUGAGACUGCCGAUGAUCUCCUUGCCGGUCUUUCCGGCCUCCUGUAACCCCAGGAUCUCUUCCUUCGACAGCCCCUGUGACGUGCCGUAGUCCACGAUCAGGCGAUUGUCCUGUCCGCAGAGCUCGCCCUUUAAUCCGCUCAGAUCGUUCCGCGACUCUGCUCGUUCCACCAGCUUCAGGGUGUACGUGUUCCUGCUACCGCGCUUCGGCACCAUCUCGAACGUGCUCCAGAACGGCUUGCCGACAACCUCGUGCAUCUCCACCUUCUGGUUCUUCCCUAACAUCAGAGUGCCAUUCUCAGACACCUUAUAUACCUUACUGAAGUUGUGCUUCUUCACUAUCACGUGGAACCCCACGGUGAUUACUGCGGACUCGCUACUCGUCAUCGUGUUCCUGGAUGGUUGCUCGUCAAUUUUCAGGUUAGGACACCCUGUCAACACAUGGCCGCGUACAAUCGAUGACAAGUCUCCGAUCAGUUCUCUUCAUUUGAAGAAUUCUCGUGUAAUCGUAAUAAUUAUUACGUUUCCGUGUGAAAAUCAACGUGCCCGAAGCGAUCAUCAGGAGCGAACAAUAAUCAAAUCACAAUAUCACACACGCAGAUAAAUUGACGUUUUUCGACUAGGAAAAAAAAAAUGGUUCAUCACAAUGAAUUCCAAGCUGUUGUUCUCGCUGGAGGAAAGGGUUCUCGUAUGACAGAACUUACGGCAGGUCAGCCGAAAUGUCUGCUCCCGAUCGCGAACGUCCCCAUGAUCUGGUAUCCUCUGCAAAUUCUCGAGCGUUCCGGCUUCAAGGAAGCGAUCGUAGUGGUAUCCGAAGUAGCAAAAUCCGAAGUAUCGGCGGCGUUGGACAGAUUGGGUUUAAAAAUCAAGAUGGAAAUUGUAGGGAUACCAGGCGCCGAGGAUCUUGGCACGGCCGAUUCCAUUAGACUCAUCCACGAAAAGAUAUAUACGGAUUUCUUGGUGAUAUCCUGCGAUCUGAUUGCAAAUAUUGAUAUAUCGAAGAUCUUGGAUUUAUAUAGAAAACAUAAUGCAAGUGUGACUGCUCUGAUGCUGCCUGUCCCAAAAGUGUCAGAUGACUUUGUAACUCCAGGUCCAAAGAAUAAACAGAAACCGGAAACAGACUUGAUUGGCAUCGACAAUAAUACAGGACGAUUAGUUCUCCUGGCUUCUGCAUCUGAUUUUGAAGAAACGUUUAACAUCUCGCAGAGGCUCCUCAGGAAGCAUACCAGCUUCACUGUUCAUUCCAAAUUGAUGGAUGCACAUUUAUACGUCAUUAAUAAAUGGGUGUUAGACUUUCUGGUAUUUAAUAAAAAUUUUACCACAUUGAAGGGUGAACUCUUGCCAUACAUAGUUAGCAAACAAUUAUCUAGGCCCAAACAGUCUGACGAUCGAAAUACUUCCAUGGUGCAAGUAGAUCUGAAAGAAGAUAUUUUUCGAUUUGCAGCAGAAAAACCCUUAGAUAAACUAAUAAGGAAGAUGUCAGCAUUCAAUGAUCAUAGUACUGAUUUGGAAGAAGUAUAUUUUGGAGACAUAAUACGAUGUUACAGUCAUAUAUCAAAUGAAAAGUUCGGUCUUAGAGCAAACACUAUACAGAUGUAUCAUUUUGCAAAUGCUAAGAUACUAGAGUGGUGGAGCGCUGAUGACAAAAAUAUCGGGCAGUUGCCAUUAUUAAGUAUCUCGAACACGGCGAUCAUACGCAGUACGCAGAUUCAGGAAUGUUGUAUAGAUGAUAAUACAACUAUUGAAGAGAAAACGUCCCUUAAGCACAGUCAUAUUGGCCCUAACAGUGUUGUGGAAUCUAAAACAAGAAUAUCUCAGAGCUUGAUAAUGGGACACGUAACUGUUAAGCAAAGAUGCAUUAUCCACAACUGUAUACUAUGUAAUGAUUGCAUCAUUGAAGAAGGCACUGAAUUGAAAGAUUGCUUAGUUGGAGCUCAACACAUUGUAACUUCUGGCAGUCAACAUUCUCGCGAAGUGCUCACUGAUGCGGACAGGCUUAUAGAAAUUUAAUUAGUUUUAUAUUGUUGAUAAUGAAUACUUACUAAAUAAUAAACUAAUAAAAGUAAAGAAAUUUU